AUGUCGCAUCCAAAAGAAAUUGACAAGUCGAUCGCAACCGAUACUAUUAUAGCUGAAAUCAAUUCAUCUCCUAACGACGAACAAAUCGAUUCAAUUUCUUUCACUUCUGAAGAACUUCAAACUACGAUUCGUAUUGAAGGUGAAAGUUCAAAUUCAACAAAUGAAUCAUAUUGCAGUAACAUAAUUGAAGAAUCUGAAUAUAAACCAGAUGUCCCUAUAGAAUUUGUACCAGUUGUAAACAGUGUUUUCAAAUCACUAAAUUUGGCAGUAAAAAUGUAUACUGAUUAUGCAGAAAUGGCAGGUUUUCAUACAAGACUGAGUAGCCAAUCAAAAUACAAUAGCCAAAUAAUAAAAGAAAAAUAUGUUAUAUGCAAUAGGGGUGGCAAGGAUAAACCAAAACCUUGUGAUACGUUGGCUACAAGUUUUGUCAAGAGAAAACCAAAUUCAAACAAGAUAAUUAUUGGGUGUACAACAAAGAUUAUAUUUGAAAAUGUUUAUGGAACAAGAGAUUACAAAGUUAAGAAAUUCUUUGAAAUGCACAACCACCCACUGGAAAGUAUUGAGGAAAGACCUUAUACGAAAAAGGCAAGAAAGAUGUCAUAUUCUGAAAAAGAGUUUGAAGUACGUGCAUCAAAAGCUAAAAUUGGUCCGACAAUGGCUCACAAAAUACGAGCAGUUUUGAAAGGAGGAUAUGAAUAUGUAGGGGUGAAGAUGAAAGAGAAAAGGCUUGUUAUGCAGAGUUUGGAGAAGUUAUAUCUUUUGAUGCAACUUUUAGAACAAACAAGUAUAAAAUGGUAUUUGUUCCAUUCAGCAGUUGACCACCACAAGAAAUCAGUUAGUGUUGGUGCUGGGUUGCUGAGUAGAAAGACAAUUGAGUCGUAUGAAUGGCUGCUUAAAGCUUUUCUUAGAGCUAAUGAAGGGAAAGCACCAAAACUUGUUCUAACUGAUCAAGAUGCAACAAUAAAACAAGCAGUGGAAUCUGUCUUACCAAAUUCAAGACACAGACUAUGCAUGUGGCACAUAAUGAAAAAACUGCAAGCAAAUAUUACUGGCGAUUUGUUUAAAAACAAAGACUUCAAGAAAAGAUUUAACAAGCUUGUUUGGAAAAUGCAUAUCAAACCUGAUGAAUUUGAAAAGAAGUGGGAUUUGAUAAUUAAUGAAUUCAAUCUGGAAGAUAAAAGAUGGUUCAAUGAUAUGUUUGAAUUACGUGACAAAUGGAUACUUGCAUACUUCAGUGACACAAGAAUAUCUGGAUUGAUGAAAACCACUUCAAGAUUAGAAAGCAUGAAAUCCUUCUUCAACACUUACCCUCGAUCUGGAAAUUUACUUUUACAUUUCAUGAUGAACUAUGACACAGCAAUUCAAAAACAGAGAAAUACACAACAAGAGCUUGAUCAUCAAAAAAAGAAAGCGGUAGAAAUAAAACUUCCAAAAAAUAAUGUAAAAUGUACAUGUGAACACUUCAACCGCUUCGGGACUUUGUGCAGACAUGCAUUCAACAUACUCAUGAAACAUGUAAUUAAGGACAUACCUGAACAGUACAUUGAGAAUCGAGAUAGUGAAAUUAACAUAUCUGUCAAUCAAGCAUACUACAACUUUGAAGCAUGUUUGGAAUACGUAAGAAAAAAUAAAGAAAAAAUGGAUUUGUUUGUUAAGAAAACAGAAAGCAUGCUGAAGGAAUGUGAAAACGAUCCUACAAAUGAAUUGCAGAAAAAUAGGACAGAUGUUGAAGAGGUAGGAAAGCUUAUGGGCAUAACUAUUCCAAAAGAAAUUGACAUCAAUGUUCCAAAUGUUCAAAGCAAUAAAGGAUGCGGAAAGAAAAGCAGAAUUCAAAGUGCAACAGAAAUAGCGUAUAAAAAUUCAAACAAGCAAACAAGAAGAUGCUCAGGAUGUGGAGAAAGGGCUCCUCAUAACUUGCGGACAUGCCCAAUCAAACUUGCAGCAAAACAAUCAUCAAAAGCUACUUAG